CUCUCACACCAGAGCAGAUUUCACACUUCAUCUUUGAGGAGCUCAGUUCACUGCAUUUUCUCUAAAAUCUAGGACAGUCAUCAUGGCAUCACUGAGGGGUCCCAUCAUCCUCUGCCUGCUUCAUCUGUGUGUUCAAAGCAUUCAGGGUGAAGUGAACCCUGCUGCCCUUGCUAAAAUGAUCCAGUAUUUUGAUGACCAUGUCCAGCCAACCAGCCACCCUGAUGUUCAGUAUGUAAUGGCGAUUACUGUUCCAAAGGCUCAGUGUACAGAAGAACAAUCUGAUAUCCAGACUGUGUUCAGCAAAAAGGAUGCAGAAAAUGUGAGAAAUCUUCUCAAUAAAGGAGACAAAUGUGUACUCUGCACAUCAUCAAAAAAUAUCAUUGCUGCACGGCCAACUCAAAAACCAAAGGAACAUGCUGAACACGUUCUGCUCUAUCCACUCAGUAAUUCUCCCAUGGAUAAACUUCUAGCAGAGACAGAUGAGAAAAGCUGUGUAGUUUUCUAUUCGCACAACUCACCUUGUGUGACGAGGUGCAUUGAGGGUCAAGAAAAUAUUUUGGAAGGCCUUUCAAACUGGAAAAAUAUCAGAAAAGAGGCAAUGAAUGUUUUUGUCUUUAAUAAGAUCUGGCAGAAGGACGCGUGGAGGAAGGAUAUGGCUAAAGAUCUCCUAAAAAUUCAUGAGCAAGUGCCUCUUUAUCGGUGUACGAGAACAAAUGUGAUGGAAUGUCAGAAUUGUGUGGAAAGAAACAAUGAGGAUGUGAUUGCUUUCUGUCUCCCUGAAAAGAAAGUUUAGGAAAAUGCUUAUGCCACUGCAUGUUCUUAUUCAUUUUUAAUACGUUUCUUUUAGCAAAUUUUUAUUUCUUAUGCAUCUUUUAUGAUUACAGUUUAAUCCUUUUUAUUUAGCUAUUUGAAUUACCAUUGAGUGAAAUGUGCUAACAUGUUAUAAAUAAACUAGCUUUACCUUACUUCAA